UCAAUAAAAGAACUCGCAAGGAACAGUUAAUCGAAUCAGUGUCAAGUGCGAGGAAGAGUAAACGAAUGGUGACAAAUUAGAGGCUGCGCGAUCACAGUGACCGUAGCGCGUAUAUAAGAUCUUAAUGACCAGCGGGCGCAGAGUUAAGUGGUUGCAGCUUUGAGAUGACCAUCGGACCCAAGAUUUGUUGUUGAUGAACUUUGAUACAUAUACGCAGCUACAUAUAAUCAACUCGGCGAAUACAGACUCGGACUCUUGAAACAUUGCUCUGAGCAUAUUUUUCAUUGUGAAAGUUAAAAAGGAAAGAACAAAAAAGUGGGUUUAGAUGAUUGGUGUUAAUAUAUCAAAAUACUUUAAAAUUAUUCUUCUUGUGGGAUUAACAGUAUUUCAGUGUUCAAGAAUCAAUAGCUGAACACUAAAACAUACGGAUAGCUCACUGCGGGCGCGAUGCAGGCUACCUCGGCACACAUGAUGGCUAUGGCCAACACUUUCUGGCCUUUUGCAUACUCCAUGAAGUCUUACGAUAUGUCGCUACAUCCGGCUUUUUUGUCUCAGGCUUACAGAACGUUUCCAUCGUUACCAACGGUGCCUUUUUGUCUCACGAACGGACAAACGAACGCGCGCUCUACACAGUCUCACAGAAGCAAAAGUGAUAAGUUCUCAAUAGACGCCAUUCUUAAUUCAGACAGACGGCCCGAGUCCACAAGUUCGUCUGACGGCGCGGACGACAGUAACAUUAAUUCACGGAACCUGUUCCUUGACAAUGAAAAAUCAAAGGAAACGUUUAUUUCGAGACGUCAUCAACGUCUGCUUGAAGCGACACAUCCGUAUCAAGGUCACCCAAACGCCCUCGCGGACAUCCCUCACCUGACGUCACAUACGAGUUUGUCGUCUGCGUACAUACAGCAGACGGAAUCGCCUGGACAGUUGGAGAAGUGUGAGUCGAAGUCUCCGCCGGCGCUCCCGCAGUCAACGUGGAGCAAGCAAUCUAAGGGCAAGAGGGUACGUACGAUCUUCACGCCCGAGCAGCUUGAGAGAAUGGAGGCGGAGUUUGAGAGACAGCAAUACAUGGUCGGCACGGAAAGGUACUACCUGGCAUCAUCACUGAACCUGACAGAGGCCCAGGUGAAGGUGUGGUUUCAGAACAGACGAAUAAAGUGGCGUAAGCAACAUCUCGAGCAGCAGAAGGCCAAACUCGGCGAUAUCAACAUGUACGCACACUUGGGCUCAGAAAGCGAUGACGACAGCAAUGACGAGCACAACAACAGUCAUGACGUCACCUCCCGUCACGUGAAGGCACUGGCUGACCCGUUUCAGAGUCCACAGGAAGUAAGGUCACUGCAGUGAUGGAAUGAAUGGAUUGCAUUUAUCAUGUAUGUUCAUUAUUGUUCAAUAUGAACACCUCUAGUCGCCGGAUAUUUAGCCGAUCAGCGCGUACUUUGCGUGGCUGAUAUACCGGUAGAAUGGUAUUACUAUACUAGUUGACGUUUAUUUUUCACCCAAUCCAACUUAUGUGUAACUGAAAAAAAUCACUUCCUUGAUGACUUUCUUAGGAGUUAAUGUAAGUGAUCUAAUUUGGGACCAUCGCUAAUAUGGACACAGAUCAUUUUAAAAGUGUGUUCACAAAUAUAUGUUUUUCGUGAAAGCUUUAUCAAAGAACGACUAUCUCUGUCAUAGAUUUUAAUUCAGAGUGUUCAAUUAUUUUAUUGAAAUAAAUAUUCGUGUGUACAUGUCAUACUUAAACCAUUUGGGGGUUACUACAAACUAUUAUAUGCAUAUGCUGAUUAUUUAAAUUGAUAUUGUGUUUUCAUAUAGCAAUGCGUUAUUUUAUUCGUUUGAAUAAACUUGUUUUGACUUUCACAUUUCUGUUCGUCUUGUACAUUGCUGUGCAGAUAGUAACCGCAAUACAAGACGACGUAUAACAACACACAAUGGACUAUUUUACCAUGGUCGCGGUCCAGAUACAACUUAAGUUCAUGUUAUUUAAGAUAUUUCAACCCAAAUUGCUUUGAAUUGACCGUUUUAAGAAGAAGUGUUAAUUAUUUUUUGUUUAUAUAGUUGGCUUUCUAGUUUUAAAGUAAAAGUGGGCAAAGUUUUAAAUGCAAACUAUAUGAGCAGCCAAUCGGUUCAGUUUAAAUCGAUUUACUUAGUCCAAACGUAAGAAUGUCGUUUAUCGAGCUGACUAUGUAAAUGUGCAGAAAAUGGCCAGGGUCU